UGAACGCGAUGUUCCCCGAGCCACUAUUAAGUAGGCUAGUUGUGUGUUGUUUCUCGCGGUACUGAACCAGUUGCUUUAUGUUGCGAGGAUUGUUUGCAAGUGAAAAUAAGAAGGGCCAUUAUUUGAGGAGGAUUGUGGGAGUAAAGGAAGAGUGGCUCUUUAAGAGCGGAGGGAGGGGUUCGCUGCACGCCUCGGCUCGGCUGCGGUGUUUUUGGCUCUGCUGGCCUCAUCGACUGAGGGCACUGGAAGGGGAUUUUGGUGGCAUCCAUAAGAGAGUCGAAGGAAUCGAAAGAGGAGAGCGAGGAGGUCGGGGAAGAGAGACCAUCAUUGCAGCACAGAGAGAUUGGCUGGUGAAUGACAAUCAUGGCUCAGGUGCUUCAUAUGGACUCCAGUUUUCCAGGGAAGAUUAACCCCCCGGAGCCCCCCUCCUUGCAUGGAAAGGACUCAGAGGCUCCAUACUCAGUAGAGACCCCCUAUGGCUACCAUCUGGACCUGGACUUCCUCAAGUAUGUCAAUGAUAUUGAAAAGGGCAACACUAUUAAGAAGGUGCCAGUGCAGCGGCGCCCACGUUAUGGCUCGCUUCCACGUGGCUAUGGAUACACGGGCUCCUGGUGGACUUCAACUGAGUCGCUCUGCUCCAACGCCAGCAUGGACAGCCGUCACUCGUCGUACUCCUACUGUGCGCCGGGAUUUCACAGCUCACAGCGACCCAACUUCAGUACGACACGCGUGGAGAAGACCUUGCUGGACGCUCGCCGCAAGCUGGAGGAGGAGAAGGAUGGCCGUCGUUUCUCGAACCUGGGCAGCAUGCACAGCAGCGUGGCAAGCUCCAACACCUCACUAUCCAGUGCCCACAGCUUCAAUCGUGCCCAGGGAGGUGGCUCCUAUACGCCAAUAAGCUCUGGCUUGUCCACACCUGUCUCACCGACACCCGCCCAUCUGCAGCACGUACGGGAGCAGAUGGCCAUCGCCCUGCGGAAGAUCCGGGAGCUGGAGGAGCAGGUGAAGACCAUCCCGGUGCUGCAAGUGAAGAUCUCCGUGCUUCAGGAGGAGAAGAGGCAGCUUAGCGUGCAACUCAAGAGCCAGAAGUUCCUGGGACACACACUGGGGUUCAGUCGGAGCCGUCCACGGGGAGAGCUCUACAUCGACAUCCCCGAAGAGGAAACGGGAAACGGGACAGGAGCCGCGAACCGAGGCGCAGGAAGUCUAUCACCUACCACUCCGGGUUCCCUUCAGGACUCAGGAUGUGAAAUCGAGGAGACUGUAAUUGUAGGUGGAGCUCGUCCGGGUGCAAAGCGGGAGGUGCGAACUGUGGGUGUGGGACCUGAGGUGGUUUACCAUCAAGUGGGAGUUGGGGUGCGAGAAGAGGACUUGGGGCUGCUGCCUGAAGCCGAAGCCCUCAAGACUAAGGUGGGGCUUUUAGAAGUUCAACUGAGGAAAACGAUGCAGGAGCUACAGAGCGCUCAGCAGCAAGUGGAAGUGGCUCAGAGAGAGAGGCGAGCUCUUUCCGCUCAGGUGAGCCAUGCGGUGAGAGCCACCAGUAUCGGCUGGCAGGAGCAGCAGGGUCAGGCCGGUGCAGGCCUGCACACAGUUGUCAGUUUUACUCAGCAGCCUCAUGAGCAGAGAACCGUGGGGAUCCAAGUGUACACACUGGAGCAGCCCACAGUGGUGGGUGUGGGGACACUGCUAAGAGCCCAGGGUUGCACUUCUCCCGCUCAGCCUGGGUUUGCACCAGAAGGAGCCCACAGAAGACAUGCAGAGUCCCCAGCAGUAGAGGAAUCACCACGUGAAUUUCCCAUUGCAAUAAGCUCUAAGCAGGUGCGAGAGGUCUUGAGAAGUGAAGUGUCCAAAUCAGUGCCAGUGACCAACCAGGCAACUGCUAUGGAGACAAAGUGCAGCCAAGUGACAGCCGUCUGCCAACGGCUAAAAGAGGGAGAGAUUAACCAGCAACCAGCAGAAGAAGCCAUCCAAAUCGAUCCAGCAAAACCAGCCUCCCCUCAGUCCAACCUGAGGUCAAUUAUGAAGCGAAAGGCAGAUGGGGAACCUGGCUCUCCGUACACCAAAAAGAACCUGCAGUUCAUAGGAGUCAAUGGAGGGUACGAGUCGACAUCCUCUGACAACAGCAGCUUGGAAAGUUCAGAAGAUGAGAGCGAUGCAAGCGAAUACCACGAGGCUACAGAGAAACUACCGGAAUCUGUGGCUCAGCAGUCUCAGGUGACCUCCUGCAGCCUGCAGCCCAUCUGUGAGACAGCAGCUGCUCAAACACCUCAGCACAGCACUGCCCAGCCACCAGCCAAUCACACUGCAGCACAGCAAAGCACCAGCCAAUCGCAAGCCACGGAUGCAGCUACCCAGCAACCGGUCACCCAAUCACCAGCAGCAGAGGCAGGCAUACAGCACUCUGUAAACCAAUCGUCAGUGACCACCAUGGCUCAUCCGGAGGGCAUCGUUCAAUCAGCAAAUGUUUUCCAAGGGCGUACCUCUCAAAGCACUGCCGCUUCUCUUGAACAAGACUCUGUCCAGUUGUCAUCCACCAGCGUUAUGGUGCAGCAAUCCAAAGCCACCGAUUCAAACGUCCAGCCAAAUCUCACUCAGCCAGAUGUGUCGGGCCUUGCUGCUCAGCAAACAGUCACUCAGUCACAAUCCACCGGUGCCAAACCUCAGCAAGAUGUUAGCCAAUCAAAAACCGCUGACCUCACCAUCCAACAAGGAGCAACACAGUCACAAUGUACUGAUGCCUCAGCAAAACAGGACAUAGCCAUAUCCUCCACCACUGAUCCAGCUGAAAAUACAAGCACCACCCCUACUAACAAACAAGCAAGCAGACUGGAUUUGAGUGGCAGUCUCGUGGCGGCCCUCCACACCUUGCAGAAGGCACUCAGUGAACCAAAUGCAUUUAGUCAUCAAAAUGCAAGGACAGCCUACACCACAGUGCUGCAGGAGUGGCUCAGAGUGUCCUGUCAUAAGGCUGCUGACACUGCAGUUGUCAAAGCAUACAUGGACAACUUUGCCUCCAUUUCUCCUCAGCUACUGGAGUUUGUCAUCAACAUGGCUGACGGCAAUGGAAACACAGCUCUGCACUACACUGUCUCUCACUCCAACUUCGCUGUAGUCAAACUACUGCUGGAUACUGUGGGGAAAGGGAAAUCAGCGGGGCAGACGGCGCUGAUGCUGGCGGUCAGUCAUGGCAGAGGGGACAUGGUGAGAGCUCUGCUGUCCUGUGGAGCUCAGGUAAACCUGCGGGAUGAUGACGGCUCCACAGCGCUCAUGUGUGCCUGUGAACACGGACACGUGGACAUUGUGCGGCAGCUGCUGUCUGUGCCGGGCUGUGACGCCACGCUCACUGAUAAUGACGGCAGCACAGCUCUUUCCAUAGCACUGGAGGCCAGUCAGAAUGACAUUGCCGUGCUUCUGUAUGCGCACCUCAAUUUCGCGAAGCCGCCUUCCCCUGUGUCACCAAAGUCUCCAAUUCUGGGAUCUUCUCCUCCCUCCUCUGAACUGAAGUAAAUGGAUGUCAUGAAUCUGAUGUCACCUCUUCCAGCAAACGAUCCUUGGCUACGUUCACACUGUAAAUUUUUUGGAUUGACAACCGUAUUUUCUUUACAGGUGUGAGUCUCUAAAUGUCCCGUUCACACAGCAGCUUACAGUUGUGUUU